GUGUGUGGUACCAAUCCUAUGUGUGAACUAGGUUACUCUAUAUUUUAUUCUACUAAUAACUCCAAAUUUGUGCCUAACUGUUAUCAUUAUAAAUGCUAAAACAGUAAGAAGAAAAUGACCAAAUAACUGUAAAAAAAUGAAGAGGUGAAGAAAUUUCAAUGAGGACAAAAUGGUAAAAAGAAAGAAAAGGAAAGAAGACAAACAUGGAUCAGAGUGUGCCAGCCAGAAAGGUUGCUCAAAUACACACACCCAAAUCAAAUCGCAUCUAAUCUAUAGAGUCAUUGUAAUUAGACUCUCUCUAUAGUCUACACCCACCAACUAUACAAAAGCCUAGUUUCCUGGAAAGUACCCUUCCUCUCACGGUCAUACCCUAACAAUACCUUACCCCAAAAAUAUUAAUUAUUAAUUUUUUUAUUAUUAUUAUAACUUGCAUGCACAUUUAAAUUAAAUUAAUAAUCUAAUCACUCUGGUUUUUCUCUCCAUAUAUAAACCCAAUUAAUACAUCACUCUCUUAGUCCCUUCUUCCCUCCCUGUGCUACUUUCUAUUACAUCUCAAAAUUUACUAAUAGAACACUUAGUUCAUUCUUUUUUUUUGGUUCAACACUUGGAAUGAAUUUGAAUAUGAAUAUAAAUUUUGAAGCAAUGAAUAGAAGCUCUUCAACGACAACUUCUUCAUCCGAUUCUUGUUCAUCGGAAUCGAAUCCGUUGAAUCGGAGCAAAGUAGAUAGGAUCAAAGGUCCAUGGAGUGCUGAAGAAGAUAGAAUUCUAACGCGGCUGGUUGAACAGCUCGGAGCGAGAAACUGGUCGUUGAUUAGCCGGUAUAUAAAAGGGAGGUCCGGUAAGUCUUGCAGACUCCGGUGGUGUAAUCAGCUGAGUCCAACGGUGGAGCACCGUCCGUUCUCGUCGCAAGAGGAUGAAACAAUCAUAGCGGCGCAUGGUCAAUACGGGAACCGUUGGGCAACCAUUGCGCGUCUUUUACCGGGUAGAACUGAUAAUGCUGUGAAGAAUCAUUGGAACUCGACGCUUAAGAGAAGAGCAAGUGGUCGCUGUGGCGGUGGUGAUUCUGUUACGGUUGCCGGAGCGGUUAGUGGUGGCAACGAAGGGGGAAAUAAUUCUUCCGGUCCGUUUGCUCGAUCUUGUUUUGCGGCGGAGGAUGAUCCGUUGACCGCGUUGACUCUUGCACCUCCGGGAAUUAUUAAUGGCGGUGCUGUGGAAGAACAGGAGGAGGCGGUGGCUGAUCAUCAACCGUCACCGUCGCCGGAGAAUGUUCCGUCGGCGUUCUGGGAUGUGAUGAGAGGUGUGAUUGCAAAGGAAGUUAGGGAAUAUGUUUCUUCUAAUUUUUCUCAUAACUCUGGUUUUCAUUGAAUUAAAUUAAUUAAUGAGUCAAUAGUCAUAAAUCAUAAUCGUUAA